AUGUCUGUGGGAGAUAUACUCAAGACUGCGGUGUCAGAUGAGUUCGCGGCAGGGUGGUUGAGAGUGUCACCACUCACGAAGCUGGCAACUCAUUCUCGAUUCUUCUUGACGCUUCGUUCGCAAGAGGGCAGCUAUCACUCCCUCAUCCUCUUCCGCUUGACCCCGACACAACUCCCUGAGAGCGGAGACGAUGAUCGCGCGACUACCCUUCAGAGCCUGCACGACCAGAUAUAUGUCAUGGAAGCCAACUGUCCUCACCUCGGCGCCGACAUGUCCCAUGCGGAGAUUGAGGAAUGCGACACUGGUGUUGUCGCAGUUUGUCCUUGGCACAGAUAUGAUUUCGAUAUGAAGACGGGACACAGCGAGACUGGGCUGAAGGCGUGCACAUAUGCUACCGACAUUCGCGUGGACGAUGAAGGGACGGAGCAAAUUUGGGUUGAGACACCCGAGGGGAGUCGAAGUUGGCGACUGGUAGAGUUUCGACCGGUCUCCGAAGAAUUUGCCGACCCCCCUCCGCCUCCCCCUGAUCUCUCCCACCUCUCUAUAUCUUCGCCCGAACCUAAAGAACCGGAACCCGUCAUCCCAGCAGAGAAUCCACCCACGACUCUAAUCCAGUGGGCGGUCCUCAUACUGAACACAGCGGAUCCUAUGCUCAAGGUGCAACGUACAAGGCACGCCGUGCAGCAGUUCCGUACCGGCCAGCUCAAGUCCAUCGGACAUCGCUCGACGAAGGCGCCAAGACCGCCGGAAGUCCCUCCGCGUGAGGAGACAUACGCGCGAAACACGGUCGAUCCGGCCAAGAUGGCGCGAAGAAAGAACAGGGCAGUUAUGCUGCAUGCGUUGGCCAACAUCGAGCAGUGGGCAAUUGACCUUGCAUGGGACAUCAUCGCCAGAUACGGCCCCUCGCAUCCAGACCUCCCGCCCGCGUUCUUCGCAGACUUCACGAAGAUGGCGCUCGACGAGUCCAAGCACUUCUCCCUCCUCACCGCGCGUCUCGCCGCGCUCUCUCCGCCCACCCCAUAUGGUUCCCUCCCCGUACAUGCCGGGCUGUGGGAGUCCGCGCAGGUGACGUUCCCCUCGCUGCGCGCGCGCCUCGCCAUCAUUCACCUCGUGCACGAGGCGCGCGGGCUCGACGUGAACCCGGGCACGAUCGAGAAGUUCCGGCGCGCGGGCGACGCGGAGAGCGUGCGCGUGCUUGAGACGAUCCAUCACGACGAGGUGACGCACGUCACGACGGGCCACCGCUGGUUCACGUGGGUGUGUGCCAAGCAGGGCGUGGACCCGGUGGAGACGUUCAGGGAGGAGGUGAGGCGCGGGUGGAGGGGAGACUUGAAGGGCCCGUUCAAUGCGGAAGAUAGGGAGAAGGCGGGGUUGAUUCCGGCGUUUUACGAGAAUCUGAAGGGUGAGAUGGAUAACGAUGUGGAGGCGGGGAUACCCCAGGCCGCAGUUGCAGUAGGCUACGAAGGCGUCGCGAGGUAG